GAUUCAAUGUAAGAAGACUUUUCAGAGAGAGACCAAACAACCCAUUGUCCGAUCAACACCGAUCUACUUCACCAGACAUGUGCUCACACGUGUCUCUUUCAACUCCGAUUCGAACUUUUCUUCGACUCUAGUAGUCUUAUGUUUACUAGAAGAACUUAGUUUUAAUCGAGUGUAGUAAGUAAGUGAGAGAUGAAGGGAGAAGGUAAAGUGUUCUUCUUGAAGUCUCGCAUGAAAUGGAUUGGUCUCGUCGGUCUCGUCUUGUCUGCUCUCUCUCUCCUCGUCCACUUUCUUCUCGCCGGAUUCACUGAUGACUCCAUCUCCGAUUACUCCAUCCCUGUCACUCUCUUCUCCUGGAGACCCGUCUUCGAUAAUCCUAGAUUCAACCGACAUACUCCACUGUACAGAAGACUCUGGGGUCCAACGAGGCAUGUGGAGUCAUUACUUCCCUAUCCUAUUCCAAGAGGUUACCAUUCAGAUCCACCGGCAAGGACAAACGGUUUUGUUUUCGUUAGAAUACAAGGUGGUUUCCAUGAGAUUAGAAACUCGAUUCCUGACGUUGUAGCUGUUUCACGGCUACUUAAUGCUACUCUGGUUAUCCCUGAGAUCCAAUCAACAACCAGCAGCAAAGGGAUUAGCUCACAGUUUAAGAGCUUUGCAUAUCUAUACAAUGAAGAGCACUUCAUGACUUCUCUUGCAAAUGACGUUAGAGUUGUUAAAACUCUCCCCAAGAAUCUCAAAUGGGCUAGAAGAAAGAAACAGAUCCCUUCCUUUAAAGUCUCUUACGGAUCUUCUCCUUAUUACUACUUACACCAUGUUCUCCCUGUUCUCAUUAAACACUCUGUCGUUGAACUAGUUGUCCCUAACGGUGGAUGCUUACAAGCUAUACUUCCUACUGAUCUUGAAGAGUAUCAGAGGCUGCGGUGUAGAGUUGCUUUCCAGGCCUUGCAGUUUAGGAAAGAGGUUCAAGAACUUUCCACCAAAGUAUUGCAAAGACUGAGACCUUUGGGAAGACCUUUCAUCGCCUAUGAUCCAGGGAUGACAAGAGAAGCUUUGGCUUAUCAUGGCUGUGCUGAACUUUUCCAGGAUGUUCAUACUGAGCUGAUUCAACAUAAACGAGCUUGGAUGAUUAAACGUGGGAUCGUCAAAGGGAAACUCUCUGUAGACUCAGCUGAGCAACGCCUCCAAGGCUUAUGUCCUUUGAUGCCAGAAGAAGUUGGUAUUCUCCUACGAGCUUAUGGAUACUCAUGGGACACAAUCAUAUACGUAGCCGGAGGAGAGGUCUUUGGCGGGCAGAGAACGUUGAUUCCGUUACACGGCAUGUUUGAGAAUGUAGUUGACAGGACUUCUCUUAGUACUGGAUGGGAGCUUGCUAAAAUGUAUGGUCGUGAGUCGAAACAUAAAGACAUCAGACCAAAAGCACCUCCUUCGGUGGAGGAAGAAACCAAACAUGACUCGUCGAAGAGCGUAAGACAAAGGCCUCAGCCUCUUCCUCCUCCACCAGCUAGACCAAAGUACUACAACAUUGAAGGUUGGUGGGGUUGGGUGGCUGAGAGUGACAAUGAGCCUGAGAACACGGUUAUUGAGCUGAGAACCAAUGCUCACAAGCUGUUGUGGGAAGCGAUUGAUUACGUUGUGAGCGUUGAAGCUGAUGUGUUCAUCCCUGGUUUUGAUCGUGAUGGGAAAGGACAUCCGAGUUUUGCUAGUUUGGUGAUGGGUCAUAGGCUUUAUCAGUCUGCUUCUGCUAAGACAUUUAGACCAGACAGGAAACAAACUGCAAUGCUUUUGGAAGAGAUAAGAGACCAUAUGUAUGAGGCGAAUCAGACUUGGAUAACAUCUGUUAGGAAGCUUCUCAAGAGAAGUAUACUUGAGGGUCUAGUGGAAUCUUCUAAAAGAUCAAAAGCCUUUAGUUUUCUUUCGCAUCCUGUACCUGAAUGUUCUUGCAUUAAGCGGGAACAUAGAGUUAUAAACGUCUCACUGGUUGAAGCGGAUCUUGGGGUGACACACCGUUGUCCGCAAGGGAUGGAUGGUGUUGUUAAAAGAUCAAAGGAUAAUAAUAAGAAUGCAGAGAGAGAAGAGGAUCUUGAUGAAGAGGACUUGUCUUCUUCAGGGUUGUUCUUUGGUCACAAGGGAAGUGGAGGGAGCAGUAAUAGUAACAAUGAGACUGUAAAUUCUGAAGCUAACAACAAAGAGGAAGGGCAGCUUGAAGAUCAAGAAGAGCUUGAGGGUGGUGAAAGAUAAGAAGCUCGAGAACUUGAAUUGGUUUUUUGAUUGAAAAUGCAAUAGCUUGUUAGACAAACGAGCAAGUCCUAGGUACACCACCAAGUAGAUCUAACUAGGAAAGCUCACUUCUUGGGUUGCAGUAUUUUCCAUCUUUUCUCAAAAUUAGUUUGUAGCCACUGGUUAUUAGGUUGGUGUAUUAGAAGAGACAUCUUUUUUGGUGAUCAAUUUUACAACAGUUCA